CCUCAUGGACGCCGCCGCCGCGAACCCCGCAAGCUCGUCGCUGGAAGCCGUGGCCACCGCCUUCCGCUCCCGUGUCAACGAGCUCCAGGACCUCGCCCUUGCCCGGAACAUGUACCCGGCGACGGCGGUGACCGACCUCGCCGCCGUGGACGCCUCGGUGACGGCCAUGGAGGCGCAGGUGCAGGCCAUCCGUCGCCGCCUGCAGGAGGAGCUCGACGCCAUCCCCAAGGCCAAGAAACUAGUGGAGAAAUCCUUGAAGCAACAGCAGAAGUUGCAGCACAUGCUUGCAAACAUGCCAUCUGGGAUGCGUGAGGAUAUCAUUGCUACUCCUCUGGAACAGAGCUCGGCAAGGAUGUUGCCUGAGUGCUUUAGUUUCAACACACCUGCAGAAUUUCUGGACUCUGAUUUUAAGAUUAAGGAUGAGCCAGUUGCAGCUCCUAAAAAGGGGAAAGGGGCAGCACCUCGUUGGUAUAUAUCCACCGGGGAGCUUGACUCAUUGUCAUCGUACAUGAGGGGGAGGCUUACACUGGAGAAGGUUAACAUUGCAAUAAACGAGAUGGCAACAUAUGCAGAUGCUAAUGCUCAUCUUGUUGCAUGUCCUAAGAAAAAGUUAUCUGAAGACACAUGGGAAAGGGCUUUGGAACUAAGGGACAUAGCUGCCACUGAGGCAGCGAAGGGGAAGCAUUUCUUCCUGGAAGCUGAUAUAAAGGGGCCUGGGCUAAAGCUUGAUCACACAGGCAAAUCUAUCCUUACCGUCCUUCGUCAUCUUGGCCGCAUCCAUGAGACUCGGAUUGGGCAUCACCGGGUCUUCAUACUAGCGAAACAACGCUGAAUGGAAGGGUUGCUAGAAGCAUGAACAUUUGAUGUGGUUAUAUUGCCGGAGCCACGCAUCUGUGCAGCCUGUAUGCUACUGCCUAGUUUGGUUUGCAAUUAUAGUAGUCCAUGUAAUUUGAGUGCAUGAUUGUGAUUCUGUGGCCGCAUGUGUCCGCUCUUCUGUGAGAGUGAGACGCUGUGUUAGUCAGAACUCUCAUCCUAUAUGUAUGAAUCAUUAGUUUGUUACCUUUCUGCUGCAGUUUCAUAUGUAAGUAGCUUAUUAAGAGUUUUUUUUAAGA